UCCAACCCCUCCAAGAGGAGGGCAGAGCAUUAGCAAAAUUGAAUUUAGCGUAAAAAACUUCCUUUGCUAUAACUCUGAAUACAUCUAGAAUUCACAUUCAUUAAUUCAUUUUUAAAUGAAUCAGUUACUGUUUUCAAUUGAAAAACCCUUCCCUAUAUCAUAUAGAUAUAUAUCGCUGACUCGGACAACGACUCGGGAGCACGAGGAGGAGGAGGAGAAACGAAUUACACAAGAUCUUCAUGAAUCAUCAUCCUCAGCGAGAGACCACGACAGGUUUUUACCGAUUGCAAACGUGAGCAGGAUGAUGAAGAAAGGUUUGCCAGGCAACGCCAAGAUUUCAAAAGACGCUAAAGAGACGGUGCAGGAGUGUGUCUCAGAGUUCAUCAGCUUCAUCACGGGAGAGGCCUCAGGUAAGUGCCGGAGAGAGAAGAGGAAGACAAUCAACGGUGACGAUCUAUUGUGGGCCAUGACGACGCUGGGUUUUAAGGAAUACGUGGAGCCUCUCAAGAUUUAUUUGCACAAGUUCAGAGAGAUGGAGAGUGAGAAGACUGCUGGAACAGGAAUGGCUAGGCAGCUGCAGUACGCUGAUCAUCAUCCUCGUGAAUAUCAUGAUCAAAGGCAGAGAGAGCAGUUGCAGCACCUGGGAUGAACAUGUAUGGUGGGAUGAUGAUGGGUCAUCAACGUCAUCAUCAAAGUCAAGGGCAUCUUCCUUAUCUUUAUGGAUCUGGUAGUGGACCCUCUAGUCUAUUAAGGCAUGGAGACCAAGGUAGGGUUUGACUGUUUGGAUAUCCAUACUAUAUAGUAUUAGCUAACUGUGCGUUUUCUUGUUCCCCGAUUCUAUAUGUGUACUGCGUGCGGAUAAGGUUGGUCUAUUGCUUCUUAUUAAUUUGCGUCUGAAAUAUAAAUAUUAAUGGAUUAUAUGA